AUGGCCGCAGGGAUCGUAGUCGUUCAGCAAUACCAGCGCAUGGUCGUCCAGCGGUUCGGGUCCUACGUAGGCACCCAAGGGCCCGGACUCCGUCUCCUCAUCCCCAUCCUUUAUCACGGUACCAAGGUGGACCUGCGCGAGCGUGUUACCCGCGUGCCCACCCAGAAGUACAUCACCGCGGACAACGUCGUCGUGGACAUGGACUUCGUUAUCUACUACCGCGUGAUGGAAGAAUGGGCGGAUCGUGCCGUUCUGGAAGUCCAGAACUUCGAGGCUGCCGUAAUCAACCUGGCCUUCGCCACUCUGCGGUCCGUCAUCGGGUCCCUGGACUUGUCGACCACGCUGUCGGAGCGCGAGCGCAUCCGCGACGACGUGCAGGUACGGAUGGAUGAGGUCACCAGCCGCUGGGGGGUCAAAGUUUCCCAGGUUGAAAUCAACGAGGUCGAUCCGCCUGUGGGCGUUAAAGCCGCUAUGGAGCGGCAAAAAUCCGCCGAUGCCAUCCGCACCGCCGAAAUCACCGAGUCCGAGGGCCAGCGCCAGGCCGCGAUCAACGUAGCCGAGGGCGAAAAACAGUCCGCCAUACUCAAAGCGGAAGGCCAGCGUCAAUCUGAAAUCCUCCAGGCCGAGGGCGACCAGCAGGCUGCGGUCCUGCGGGCUGAGGGAUUUAGCGCCGCCCUGGAGCGCAUCUACACCGUGGCCAGCACCGUGGACGCCCGCACCAUGAGCCUCCAGUACUUCGAUACGCUCAAAUCACUGGGCUCCAGCCCUUCCACCAAGUUCAUCUUCCCGAUGGAGUUCACCUCCAUGCUCACCCCCUUCCUCGGCAUGGGCAGCAUGAACCAGCAGGACAGCGGCAGCGGCAAUAACCGCCCCAACUCCGGCAAUGGUUCCGCCUCUGAUGGCGAAACCCGCAACUAG